UAAACCGUAUCGAGGUAUAACUAUAACCCUAGCCGUUUAGAAAAGAAAACAAAAACAAAAUCUAGCGUAUCACGCUUCUAUUCUAUGAUCUUGUUCUCGACACGUACAGCUUUGAUUCCAAACACGAGGAUCUGAAUUGUGAACUAGUGAACUCCACUCUCUGUCUGUCUAUAUUUUCUCUCUUCUUCUUCUUCUUCUUCUCCAACUCCUCUCGCCACCCGUCACUGCCACCCGACCCCUCUUGCCUCUUCAUCUGCGCCAUCCAUUUCAAUCCCUUUCUAUGUUUCUCAACAACCCCACCUCCAAAACCCUCAAAAAACUACUCUCCCACUCUCAAAAACCAAUCUUUUCCUACCUGUACCACCCCCAAAACCCUCCUUAUUCACACACCCAAAAAUCCCACUAUGUAGAUGUUUACAUGAAGUGGAAAAAAGACCCAUACUAUGAUUCAAUUGACCACAUCCACAAGUCCAUCCAACUCAAACCCAUCAUUUCCUUGAAAAACUGCAUAGCCCAAGACCCCAAUGGCUGUAUCCCAAUCUCUCAAGUCUCCAAAAGGGGUCUAGAGUUUGAUGUGCCCAUGAAAGUUGCUAGGUUCUUGAGGCAAUACCCAGCAAUCUUUGAAGAGUUUACAGGUCCCCAAUAUAACUUGCCUUGGUUUAGACUGACCCCAGAAGCUGUUGAGAUUGAUAGAGAGGAGAAAAGGGUGUUUGAGAAUUGUAAGGAGGAUUUGAAGGAUAGGUUGAAGAGGUUUAUAUUGAUGAGUAAAGGAAACGUUUUGCCUUUAAAGAUUAUUCAGGGAAUGCAGUGGUAUUUGGGUUUGCCUGAGGAUUUUUUGAGGUGCUUGGAAGUGAAUCUUGAUGGGUCUUUUAAGUUUGUGGAGAUGGAAGAUGGGUUGAAGGGUUUGGCUGUUGAGUGUGAAGAAAAAGUAUUGUCUGUGAUACAGAAAAAUGCUAUGAAGAAAGGGGUGUAUUUUGGGGAGCCAAUGGAGGCAAUUGAUUUUCCAUUUUUUCCUCGUAAGGAUGCAAGGUUGAGGAGGAAGAUUGACGAUUGGUUAAAGGAGUUUCAGAAGCUUCCAUAUGUGUCACCCUAUGAGGAUUUUUUGCAUUUGGAUCCAGGUAGUGAUAUAGCAGAGAAGCGUGUUGUGGGGUUUCUUCAUGAGUUGCUUAGUCUUUUUGUUGAGCAUUCAGCAGAGAGGAAGAAGCUUCUAUGUCUUAAGAAAUAUUUUGGGUUGCCACAGAAGGUCCAUAAGGCAUUUGAGAGGCAUCCCCAUAUGUUUUACUUGUCUUUGAGGAAUAAGACUUGUACUGCAAUUCUAAAGGAGGCUUACAAUGACAAAUUGGCUAUUGAGAGACAUCCAUUAUUGCGGGUGAGGAAUAAGUACAUUAAUUUGAUGAAGCAGUCGGGUGUGAUUUUGAAGAAUAAGAGGUUGAGUAAUCGGUUUCUUGAUCAUGGGAGCGUGAAGUUGGAUUUGGAUUUGGAUGUUGUGGAUGAAGAGAGAAGAGAGAUGACAGAUUUGGAUGUGUCCCCCGUAUGAUUAUUUGAGGAGGAGAAGGUAUCUUUUACGACAUACAUAUCAAAUCACCCGUGUAACAGGUCAAUGAGUGAAUGCCAUGUGAUUCAAUUUUAUAAUUCUAUUUAUCUGAAUUUGUAUCUAGUUUGUUAGAUACUUCCAAGUCAGGGUCUACUACAUACUACAGUUAGCUUUCAGGAAGAAUGCACCACUAAAUGAAUGAAUUAUGAUAGAUUUAGAUUAACUUGUAUAAAUUACUUUAACAAAUUCAAGGGAUAUACAUUCUUGAUGCCUGUGGCUAAUUGUACACACAAUUCCAGUUUCUGCCAUUUUCUUGAUUGGUAGCAUUUUGAUG